CUAAACCCAGACAUAGAGACUGAACAGAAACUAGAGAGGAGGGGAAAGCUCUAAUUCAUUUCCUCUGACAAAGUUAAGUGAAUAAGGAGCGUUUUGCCCUAAAAGAUGCAGUGGAGGAACGGGUAAGGUGGGAGACAGUUGUGAUAACCGCCUGAGCAGCACUGGCGAGCACCUGAAAUGGCCCGGUCCCCUUCUUUCAUCCUUCCCAUUCCUGAAGGCAGGGAAAGCCCUAGCCAGGACCUCAGCCCAUAUGAUGAGAACGUCGUACAUGACUCCUUCCACCAGCUCAUCCAGGAGCAGAGUCAGCGGGUUGAAGCUGACUCUCUGGAACUCCAGGAGAGGCCUCCCAGGGACAAAGGUAGAGGCUCCCAGUCCCUCAGGGGCCCUCAGGAAUACUGCUCAGCCACACUUCAGAUCCUGGCCAAUAUGCCCAGCCGAACCAUUGGCAGAAGCAGGGGGGCCAUUAUCUCUCAGUAUUACAACCAAACAGUCAGAUUGAGGCGGAAAAAUAGCCGACCCUUGCUGAGGGAGAUGUCACGGUCUGCCCAACCCAGUAUUCGGCAAUACGACUUGGAGUUGGACUUGACCCCCAGGGAAGAAGAAGAGAAGCGGAGCUUGCUGGUGAAGGAACUACAGGGCCUGACAAUAACCCAAAGGAACCACAUGCUGCGGGACAUGCCCCUGAGCCUGACUGAGAAACGCUGCCUCCGACAGGACAGCUGUAUCCAUAGAGGAAGACAGAGGUACCACCAGGGCAGCCAGACCCAGCUGUACUGUUGUAGUCACCUCAAGUAUCAUUGUAUCAUAGCUUUCCGCAGCCUGUGGUAUGGAAUUCUCUCUGGUCUGCAUGCCCUGAAGCCCUGGCGUUGCCACCUGAAGCAAAUUAGCGGCCAGUUUGGCUCUAGCGUCCUCUCCUACUUCCUCUUCCUCAAGACCUUGGUCUCCUUCAACGUCCUGCUCCUCUCCCUGCUGCUGCCCUUCAUUGUGGCCGUGCAGGUGGCCUUUCCCCCAACUUCAGAGUUCCCUUCUCCUCAUUCACAAGGCCUGGAACUCUUCACUGGGGCAGGCCGAUUCACUCACACAGUGAUGUACUAUGGCUACUACAGUAACUUCACCUUGAACCAGCCAUGCUCCUCCCAUCAGAACAGUGACCACUGCCCUCCAAGGGCAGUCCAUCUGCCGUAUAACAUGCCUCUGGCUUACCUCUUUACCAUUGGUAUUUCCUUCUUUAUCACCUGCAUCACCCUGGUGUACAGCAUGUCUCGUUCCUUUGGAAAGAGCUACCAGGUGGGCAGUACCCUUGGAGUCCAUGCCAUCACUGUCUUCUGCUCCUGGGACUACAGGGUGACCCAGAGAUGGGCUUCCCUACAACAUGACAACAUUAGGACACAGUUAAAGGAGCUGUUGGCUGAGUGGCAGCUGAAGCAACACCCGAGGAGUGUGUGUGGAAGGCUGAGACAGAUGACAGUGCUGCUUCUGGUGUGGCUACUGUCCCUGGGCUCUGCCCUGGGUUGUGCCAUCGCUGUCUACUCAUUCUCAGAGUUUAUGCAUGAAAACCGUGAGAUUAGGACCCAGAGUGAGAAGCUCCAGGAAGCCAGUCUCCUGGCUCUGCCCCUCAUAGUAUGUAUCAUCAACCUGGUGGUUCCCUAUCUCUACAAUGUCCUAGCCAGUUGGGAGCAGCACGAUUCUCCUGUUUUGGAGGUGUAUGUGGCCAUUUGCAGGAACCUGAUUCUCAAGAUGGUUAUUCUAGGACUUCUCUGUUACCACUGGAUGGGCCGUAAGGUUAGAUCACUGGAAGACCAGUGCUGGGAGACGUUUGUGGGUCAGGAGCUCUACCGCUUCAUGGUGAUGGACUUUAUCUUCACACUGGUGGACACCCUCUUUGGGGAGCUGGUCUGGAGGCUCAUUACAGAGAGGCUGAAGCGCGAUCGGAAGCCAGAGUUCGAUGUUGCUCGAAAUGUGCUGGAGCUGAUUUACGGGCAGACCCUGACCUGGCUGGGUGUUCUCUUCUCCCCACUUCUCCCUGCCAUCCAGCUUCUCAAGCUCCUGUUCCUGUUCUAUAUCAAGAAGAUCAGCCUGAUGGCAAACUGCCAGGCGCCUAGGAAACCCUGGAGAGCUUCGCACAUGACCACUAUUUUCAUCACUCUCCUCUGCUUUCCCUCCUUCUUAGGGGCAGCCAUAUUCCUCUCCUAUGCUAUCUGGCAAGUGAGGCCCUCCAGGACUUGUGGCCCCUUCCGGACCUUGAACACUAUGUAUGAGGCUGGCAAGGUCUGGAUUCGUCACUUGGAGGAGGCCAGUCCCAGUGUUACUUGGUUUACCUGGAUCCACCAGUAUCUGGUGGAAAACACCUUUUUUAUUUUCUUGGUAUCAGCUGUGCUUCUAGCUGUGAUCUACUUCAAUAUCCAGGUGGUGAAGGGACAGCGGAAAGUUAUAUGCCUCCUCAAGGAGCAGAUUAGUAAUGAGGGAGAAGACAAAAUCUUCCUUAUCAACAAGCUUCACUCCCUUUAUGAGAAGAGGGCAACCACCAGCUAAGGGUCUGAAGCUAAGAGACUGCAGUGACUUACACAGAUCCUGGAACAUAAUAAGCACUUAAUGAAUUCUUGUUGAUUGAAUGAAUGUACCAAUAUACUCUCAAGAAGAAAUCAGGAGCCAGAGUGGGGAAGGAUGAUGGGUCCCCGAGGCCCUAAAGUUCUCUUCCACUUUACUUGAAGUAUACUCAUGGCUGAAGAAUAUUGAUUGGGCCAGAGACCAACCAUUGAAGCUAGAAAUUAAUUCAGCAAUGACUUCCACCUCUUCCCCCCAUUCUCUUUCUUCCAGUUUACUGGGGAUUGGCCUGACAUAGUAUUUAUUUGAAAUAAAUAGUAUUUUUAUUUUGUUUUUUGAAA